AUGUCUUCUCGAAUCGAAGGGCUGUCCGCCCUGGCCUUCGUCGGCCUGCUCGCCCUGCUGAGCCUGAUCAGUCUGUCACAGCCCGUCCUGGCGAACGGCUCCACGCUGGUGCUGCUCGAUGACAUGGCCAUCAAGUCGACGCACUCCCUCUUCUUCAAGGGCCUCCAAAGCCGCGGAUACGAGCUGACGUUCAAGAUGGCGGACGAUGCCUCGCUGACGCUGACCAAGUACGGCACUGCGCUCUACAAGCACCUCAUUCUCUUUUCGCCCUCCGUUGAAGAGUUUGGCGGGAACGUGAACGUGCAGUCAAUCACCGAGUUCGUGGACAACGGCGGCAACGUGCUGGUGGCCGUGAAUGAGAACGUCGGCGACGCCAUUCGCGAGCUGGCCGUCGAGUGCGGCCUGGAGAUCGACGAGGAGGGCGCCCAGGUGAUUGACCACCUCAACUACGACCAGGCCGACGAUGGGUCGCACACGCUGGUGGUGGCCACCGGCGAGGAGAACCUCCUCGACGCGAAGACCAUCGUCGGCGAACCNAAGCUGAAGCCGCUGCUCUACCGCGGCAUCGGCAUGAUCUCCGAUCCGAAGAACCCGCUGGUGCUCGACGUCAUGAUGGGCUCCUCCUCCGCCUACUCCUUUGUUCCCACCAAGAAGAUUACCGAGUACCCGCACGCCGUCGGCCGCAACACCAUCCUCAUCUCGGCGCUGCAGGCGCGCAACAACGCCCGCGUCGUCUUCGUCGGCUCGCUGGACUUCUUCAGCAACGCCCUCUUUCAGUCGCCCGUCAAGGCG